AUGAGUUUACGAGAAGAAUUUCGUGUCAGGAAAAUUCUUUUUAGCGGUGUUGCCACAGAAAGGUUUUGUGUCUUUCAGUGGAGGACCCCUGGCCUGGUGUAUGUAAUAUACCGGAUUGUCAUGGCUGUGUACCCAACAGUUUGGUUAGCACUCACAUCAACAGAUUUUCAAAUGCCCGAAGUAGAAGGCUUUGGACAGGUACAAGCAUGGGGUGCAUAUUUAACCAACUGGACCUACACACUGUUGACCAUUUACUUCCUUCUUCAUGCUCUUGUGACAUUGAUUGUGUACAUCUUGUGUCGUGGAGCUGGACUGCAGUUAAUGCACAGUCGACGACCAGAAGAUCAUAAAAGGUUAUUUCAUGAAACUCUGACAACAUCACAUGGUUACGAAGAGAUCCAUAGUGAUGGUGGAACACAUGUGGUGGUAGCGGACCAGGGGUUAGUAUGGUUACACAACAGCAUACCUUUCUACAUGGCAAUCAUAUGGAUACUGUUUAAUGCAGUGAGCGUGGCAGCAGUGAUGGUGACACUUGUGUUCUGGGCCAUACUUGUGCCGUAUUCCAACGUCGGUUUCAUCAAUAAUGCGAACAUUCAGCUCCACCUGGUGAACAGCAUCCUAGUUCUGAUAGAGCAUCUUGUAACGGCCAUUCCUGUGCGGCUACUGCAUGUGGUAUAUCCUAUCAUCUACGGUUUAAUUUAUGUAUUUUUCUCAUUGUUUUACUGGGUGGAUGAUCAUUCUCAUGUCAUGUACUUUAUUCUAGACUGGGGUAAGCCAGGUGAGACAAUUGGGUAUAUUAUUCUUGUUGGUUUUGUCAUAAUUCCAAUAAUACACCUGAUAAUGUACGGCAUUUACAGGUUAAAGAUUCGCAUGUUCAAAAAGGUGUACAGAGAUUAA